AUGAAGCCAACAUCGUUCGGCCUAUUGGCCUGCAUAUUGCCCUCUGCGGCAUUGAAUUGGAAGCCCAGAUUUCUGGCAAGACAGCAGCCAGCAUCCACCGUCUGUCUGACACAAGUCACUGUCGAGUAUCAACUCGCGCCCACGAUCAGCGGACAGCCAAUUAUCGUUAGAACUCCAAUCACAUCAAACACAACUAUUACUCCGAGUCCUUUCGACAUACCCAUCACCAUCAAUAAUGCUCCGACGUUGCUCGAUACUACCGUGACAGCUUAUUCUACGAUUACAAAAACAGUUAUACGCACUUAUAUCACGUUGACGUCGGGAUACGAAGGCAGUGUGACUUCUACGUCAAGAAUCGUCAAUUCAGCGGGUCCUGAUGCAACAACGACUGUGGUUGUGUUUGUUCCACAGCGCUUUACCACUAUCACAUCGCUAUAUUCCGGAUCAACAACGAGGACAGAAACCAUAACACCUAGCAAUCUGGGUGAACUUGCUACAAUCAGGCUUCUUGUGCCAGAGUUGUAUACAACUGUGACUAGCUUUUAUUCUGGGUCUGUCUUAUCAACCUCCACCAUCCAACCGACAAUUGUGGGACAGACUGGGCAGGUUGUGGUACUAAGCCCCCAGGUCCUUAUGACCAGGACUUCGCUUUAUACAGGAACUACAACGUCCAUAGUAACGUCAACCCCAACCGCAAGUGGACAACCCCCGGUCGUUAUUGCCUAUAUACCCCAGUCUUUUACGACCCUAACUUCGCUGUAUUCGGGACUUACAACCUCCAUUUUGACCAUCGCGACGCCCAAUUCACCGGAUCAAACAGGUACGAUUCUAGUUCAAGUCCCGCCACGGUAUUCUACUAUUACGUCUUUGUAUGGAGGCUCAACCACUACUACAUCAACCAUCAACACGGCAACCAUACCUGGUGAAACAGGCACAAUCCUUGUACAGGUACCAUCACAAUACGUAUCAGUGACAUCUCUAUAUACCGGAUCGACCACUCAAUUCUCUACACAGUUUGUACCGACGGUCGCGGGAGAAAGAGGAACGAUUGUUGUACUGGAGCCUAGCCCUUUCACAACGCUCACCAGUUAUUACACUGGCUCAACAUCCACAACCACAACUUUGAGGACACCCACCAUGCCUGGACAGACUGGAACUGUUCUUAUCCUAUCUCCGCAAGUUUUCACAACAAUUACGUCACUUUAUGAUGGUAUUGCCGCGCUUACCUCUACAAUCAAUACGCCAAGUUCGCUUGGACAGACUGGAACUAUCCUUGUUCAAAUCCCGCGACAAUUCACGACAUUAACAAGCCUAUAUGAUGGCUCCACCACUACAACCAUUACUUCUGCGAUCCCAAGCCAAGUAGGACAGAUCGGGACUAUAUUUGUGGGCAUCCCUAGGCAGUUCACGACGAUAAGCGCGCUGUAUGAUGGCACGUCCAGCAUUACAAGCACCGCGGCAACACCCGCAGCGCCAGGACAGACCGGCACAAUCCUGGUCAGUGUUCCAAAGCAAUACGUAACUUUGUCCUCUCUGUAUGAUGGUUCUACGAUCACGACGGUGACACUCGCGACGCCGGCCCUCGUUGGGCAAACAGGUACCAUACAGGUGAAUUUACCAAGGCAGUAUGCGACAGUUACUUCACUAUAUGAUGGGACAGUAAGCACGACUGUCACAGUCGCCACACCCACUACAGUGGGGCAGCUUGGCAGCAUCGUCGUGAAUAUCCCGAGGCAAUAUGCCACAAUCACCUCUCUCUAUGAUGGCCUGUCUACAACAUCAUACAUCAUCGCAACGCCUACGCUGCCAGGGCAAACAGGAACUGUGCAGCUGAAUGUGCCAAAGCAAUACACUACCAUCACUUCGUUGUUCGAUCAAGCUACCAUCCAGACGUUAACAUUGGCUACACCUACUGCGGUAGGUCAACUUGGUACCGUGCAACUGAAUUUACCAAAACAAUUCACCACAAUCACAUCCUUAUACGAUGGUACGACGACCACAAUGUUCAUUGCGGCGACGCCUACUCUGGCGGGUGAGAUUGGUACGGUACAAAUCAAUGUUCCAAGACAGUACACUACAUUGUCGGCUUUGUAUGAUGGCUUAAUCGCAUCAACCCUGACAGUUGCAACGCCCAGCACCGUCGGACAAGUGGCAACAGUACAAGUGUAUUUGCCCAAACAAUAUGCUACCAUAACGUCGCUAUAUGACGCAUCAACUUCCUCUCUUACCACGUUGGCCACGCCUUCAUUGCCUGGACAGACUGGAACAGUGCAACUGUUCCUACCAAAACAAUACACAACUAUCACAUCUGUCUACGAUCAAACCACCUCAGCACUUGUCACGCUGGCGACUCCCGUGUUACCAGGUCAGGUUGGUACCGUGCAAUUGAACGUGCCAAGACAGUAUGUCACGACGUCAUCGCUCUACGACGGCACAGCAGCUACCACAGUAACAUUGGCAACUCCAACAGCUCCUGGACAGACUGGCACAGUUCAGGUUAAUUUACCUCGUCAAUACACAACCCUAAUGGCGUUGUAUACAGGUGCCAGCGUAACCACUGUUACUAUCGCUACUCCUACAGUUCCUGGCCAGCUUGGAACUGUGGUCGUUCAAAGUCCAACUGUUUUUACGACCUUAAGUGCCUUGUACUCAGGGACAACGGUGAAUACAACAACACUGGCUACCCCUACUGUACCUGGUCAAAUUGGUACGGUUCUCAUUCAGAGCCCUUCCGUGUUCACAACGAUCACUUCUUUGUAUACAGGGACAUCAUUAGCAACCUCUACAAUAUUCACGCCCACAGUACCUGGCCAGGUUGGGACGGUGGUCAUACAGAGUCCCUCUACCUACACAACGAUUAGCUCACUAUACACGGGACUUUCAGUGGCUUCAACAACGCUAGCUACGCCAACCGUGCCUGGCCAGGUCGGAACCGUGCUAAUUCAAUACCCCUCUGUGUACACAACAGUGAGCGGUUUGUACACCGGAAUUACAACGGGAACGACCACUCUUGCAGUACCAACAGUCGUUGGUCAAACUGGUACUAUUAGCAUACAGUAUCCGGCUGCCUACACUACGAUUUCUCAACUGUAUAGCGGCUCUAUUACUGUCACUUCAACAAUUGCUACGCCUACAGCUGUGGGGCAAUUUGGAACAGUGCAAAUUCAGCUACCGUCAACAUACACCACGAUAUCCCAGUUGUAUACUGGCUCCGCCACUCUCACUUCAACGAUAGCUAUCGCUACCGUUGUGGGGCAACCUGGGACGGUACAGGUUCAAGUUCCUAAGACAUUUACAACUCUCACAUCUUUGUACACUGGAGCCGUAGUAACCACAUCUACAGCGUUUGAUCCAACUGUUGUUGGUCAAUUGGGCACAGUCCUCGUACGUCUUCCAACAAUCUACACUACAGUUAGCUCCCUUUAUACCGGUACGGUAGUUGCUACGUCCACUUCACUCGUACCAACUGUCGUUGGCCAGACAGGGCUAGUAGUAGUUCAACUACCCUCUGUAUAUACUACUGCAACUUCCCUUUAUUCCGGCUUAGCAAUCGCUACAAGUACAGUGCUUGUGCCCACCGUGGCUGGUCAGACAGGCCUGAUCGUGCUACAACGGCCUUCAGAGUAUACGACCAUAUCCUCAUUCUAUAGCGGCACAACGACUCUCAGACAAACUCUGUUCACCCCGACGGUGGUGGGCCAAACUGGGACAAUUCUCCAACAAGUUCCUUCCCCUACACCGGCGAUAACCGUUACCGUUACAUCGGGCGGCGUGGCGAUUACUUCAACCUCCACAACCAUAGUCAAUGGCGUCGCGACUCCCGUUGCGGUUGUUACAGUUCCACAGAUACCUUUCCAUAUUUAUGUCACAGAUUUCAGCAGUAAUGUCUACGGCUACCUUGAUGUCAGUUCAGUGACAGGUCCUGCGCGUAAUGUCACAGUAGGCGACUACUCAACUUCAUCAUUGUUCUACCUCGAUGCAACCACGGGGCAGCUGGCAUUAAGCCCCCAGAGCGGAGAAACAACCACGCCUCUUUAUUCAGUGCAGCCAGCCGGUGGGCUUCUCAGCGCUCCGUUCUUAUUUGGUACCAACCAGCUUCUGUCCAAUGUACCCAUCAAUGCUGGGCAGUGGCCUGACGGUACUUUGAGGACUCAGAAUCUCGUUACCCUAUCACUGUUUGCUAGUAUCUGCAACGGCAUAUUAUACCUGGAGACUGUCAUCGGUGCUGGUUGCACGCAAGUGGUUCUAUCACCCGUAUACUCACCCGUGACAUACACGACGGUGACCGCCACAUCUGGCACAAUUCCGGCGACGAAAACGUACGGGCCUGCCGGAACUCUGGUCUCGUCUGGUGGAACCGUCACGCAAAUCGUCCCAGUUUCGACUUGCACAGCCUCAGGACUGGCGUACGCGGCGUAUACUAACCCGUAUCUCGGCGGAGGAGCUUACGAAAACGCUUACUAUGCAGGGUUUAACUCCUCUUUCUUCAACACGAAUUCCGGCGGUGUUGCCAGCAAUGCUGCGCUAUUCACUGGCGUUGCUAACAACAUCAAUUUUAACCUAGGGGCCACCGGAUCUGGUAACCUUUACGGUAGUCUGCGCACUCUAUCACAGGUAGCCAUUGUUUAUACUGGUUACUUCAGGCCGAUUAUAUCUGGUACCUACUCACUCUCUUUCCCUGCAUCGAGCCAAAGCGACAUCGCAUAUCUCUGGAUGGGAGCUGCGGCCAGCUCUGGCAGCUGGGGUGAGACCAAUUGGAAUAUGCGCAGUACAUAUGGAGUGAAUCGAGGUGGACCCGUAUCACAAUCCUUCGUUGCAGGACAACUAUACCCGAUAACUAUUCUGUAUGGUAAUGGACCUGGAUUCGCCUACCUAGAGCUUGAUAUCACCACACCUGCAGGCGUUCUGCUUACAGACACAACCGGCUAUUUUGUGCAGCCAAGCUGCAGACUUUCUGGCUCAACAAUUGGCGUAUCGGCGGUAGAUGUCAGGACAUGUUCUGCUACUGGUCUUGAAUGGUCUGUUUACGACAACUUUGUGUAUGAUGGCUCGACAGCCUCUGACCCGUCAUAUGACCUUUUUACCCCCAACGUCUACAAUGGAGUAGGCCCAGAGACCGCUGCCAUCAGGGGUGCCAUAGGCAAUAUCCAAUUUGGUGUUCCAGCUCCAGCAACCGCAGUCUCAUUGUACAACCAAGGAACUUUCGAUAUGAGUUACCGCGCUAUCGUCUUCCGGGGUUACUUCGCGGCCAACGUUACAGGCACAUGGACAUUCACUAUCAAUAAUCCCGACGAUAUAGGCUUCCUGUGGCUUGGUCCCAAUGCAUUAACGACGUGGUCAGAAGCCAAUGCUAACGUAGUAUCCCGUCUGCUUGGAACCGCCGGCACUUAUUCAGUGUCGCUUACUGCAGGCACACUUACACCAAUAAGGAUGGUAUUUGCGAAUGGUCCAGGUGGUAUGAGCUACACGCUUCAAACAAGAGAUCCACUUGGUACUGCAUUGCUUUAA